AUGAAUGUGGAUGGCUUGGGCCUACCCAACAUUUCUCAGGGUCCCAGCAAAGUAUUUUGGGACACUCGCAGGGGUCCAACCACGCGCAGGCGGAGGGAGUUCAUGCCGGAAGAGAAGAAGGACACAGUUUACUGGGAGAAACGGAGGAAGAACAACGAGGCGGCCAAGCGGUCUCGAGAAAAGCGACGUCUCAAUGAUGUGGCCAUUGAAAGCAGGCUGGUCAUGCUGCUGGAAGAGAAUGCUAUACUAAGGGCUGAGCUGCAAGCGCUCAAACUUCAGUUUGGCUUGUUGCCAUCCAUGUGUGGUCCUCGGAUGGGGCCCCUGCAGGCCUUACUGUGGAAGUCUUCCUGGACUGGGGAGGCUCAUCCAGAGGCUGGCUCGUUUUUACCUUUGCCUGGUGGCGAUGGUUGCCUGAUCAAACCAUUUGCUGUGGAUUCUGGGAUUCCAGCUUGCUCCGGCUGCCUGGUGGCUCAGGGAUGGCCUGGAUUAGCUGCGUCUCCCAGGAUCUUGCAGGAAUCAGAGCCCCUGCCCCACCGGAUAGUUGACAGGACCUUUCACGAUGCCUUCCCAGCUGCCGUCUUUGGUUGCCAUUUUCUAGACAGGCAUGUGGGAACCAGACCGGAGUUGAAGACUUGUUGUAGCCUGUGGUCACCUGUGCCCACUGGACCCCAUGCCCCAGGGUCCUCAGGUAUAUCAAUGACAUCCUCGGAGAGUUCCAUGGGGUUUCCUCCUGGUAUGACCUGCCCUGUCCCAGGUGACAGGUCUGAGGGUCUGGCUCAGAUUUCCCUGCCUCACAAGCUGGGCAUCAAAUCCCAAGCUUCAAGUGGAUUAUGCCAAGGUUGGGAAGCUUGCCAGGGAAGCCCCUGA